UCCCAUGGCAGACUCCGCCGGGCACGGUUCUUCCAACCUCAAGGCCCGGGUCCCCCGCGCCUCCCGAAACGCCGCAGGUGCUAAACAGACAAAUGCCUUAAAACAAGAAGAUGCUUCUAAAAGGAGAGCAGAACUAGAAGCAGCUGUGAGAAAGAAAAUUGAAUUUGAGAGAAAAGCUCUACAUAUCGUUGAGCAGCUUUUAGAAGAGGAUAUUACAGAAGAAUUCCUAAGGGAAUGCGGGAAGUUCAUCACACCAGCUCACUACAGCGAUGUCGUGGAUGAACGUUCUAUUAUUAAACUCUGCGGUUAUCCCUUAUGUCAGAAGAAACUAGGAGCUGUACCAAAACAGAAAUAUAAAAUUUCCACCAAAACCAAUAAAGUCUAUGAUAUUACUGAAAGAAAGUGUUUUUGCAGCAAUUUUUGUUAUAAAGCAUCUAAGUUUUUUGAAGCACAAAUUCCAAAAACUCCAGUAUGGGUUCGAGAAGAGGAAAGGCAUCCUGAUUUUCAGCUGCUACAGGAAGGACAAAGUGGCCAUUCUGGAAAGGAAGUACAGUUAUGCACUAAGGCCAUUAAAACAUCAGAUAUUGACAAUCCUGGCCAUUUUGAGAUGCAUUAUGAAUCUAGUGCUUCUAGCUCUCAUAGUGAUAGUAGCAGUGAUAAUGAGCAAGACUUUGUUUCCACCAUUCUACCAGGAAACAGACCAAAUGCAACAGGUAUAAGUUCACAGCUGCCCAAAAAAAGCAUAAUGAAAAAGAAAGCUGGUCAGAAAGCUAACUCCAAAUGUGAAGACAAAGAAGAGACAGUAAUAGCUGUCACUGAGCAGCUAGGCAAUUGCAGAUUAGAUAGUCAUGGGAAAGCUGCUGCUUGUGAACUUCCUUUACAGCAAGUAAGUACUCAGAUUUCUUCAAAUAGUCCUUUGCAAGAAAAAUUAGAAGCUACAGAAAAUUCUGAAAAUAAAUACAGUAGUUCAAAAAUAACUCUAGUAGGCAUAAGUAAGAAAAGUGCUGAGCAUUUUAAGAGAAAAUUUGCCAAAUCAAACCAAGUUUCUAGGUCACCCUCUAGGCCGGUGCAGAUGUGUCCCGAAGUUGCAAAGGCAAACUUACUUAAAGUCCUGAAAGAGACUUUGACUGAAUGGAAGACAGAAGAAACUUUGAGGUUUUUGAAUGGCCAAAAUUAUGCUUCUUUGUGUCUGAAACUCUCUUCAUCCCCUCUGGCUAAAGAAGAAGAAUUUGAUGAAGAUGACAUAUGCUCUGACUCAGAUAAACAUUCUCCUGCCUUGCAGGAAUCUCAGAAUAGCUUGGAUGAGUCUUUACCUUUUAGGGCCUCAGAUACAGCCAUUAAACCACUGCCAAGUUAUGAGAACUUGAAGAAAGAAACUGAAACAUUAAAUCUGAGGAUAAGGGAGUUUUAUAGAGGACGAUAUGUUUUGAGUGAAGAAACCACCAAAUCACAAGACUCUGAAGAGCAUGAUCCCACCUUUCCACUGAUAGAUUCAAGUUCUCAGAACCAGAUUAGAAAACGCAUCGUACUUGAAAAGUUGAGUAGAGUAGUCCCUGGACUUUUGGGGCCUCUUCAUAUCACAUUAGGAGAUAUUUCUGCACAACUUAAAAAUCUCAUCCGAACUUUCAGAUUAACAAAUAGAAAUAUUAUACACAAACCUGCAGAGUGGACCUUAAUUGCUGUGGUGUUGCUGUCAUUACUGACCCCAAUUCUUGGCAUUCAGAAGCAUUCUCAGGAAAAUGUGGUGUUUACACAGUUUAUAGAGACUUUGCUUGAAGAAUUACAUUUAAAGAAUGAAGACCUUGAAAGCUUAACCAGCAUAUUUAAAACCAGCUGUUAACCACGGAGUGGUAUAAUCCAUGAAGACCAAAUAGAAGAUGAACUUCUAUUCAUCAUUUCUGGAAUUCUAGCCACAGUAAUGUUCUGGUGGUAACAGAUAACUAGCUUUGUUCCAAGAAAGACCUUUACCUCCUUAGAUUUCAGCACCCUGGUUCCCAGUCCAUAACUGUACAGUGGCUUCCCCUAGAUAGAGGAGAACCACUUUUCCAACAAGGAUAACCAAAUCCUUGCAUUCCUAGCUGUAAGACAUAGUAUUUUUAUUUAAUUGAAAAAUGAAAAAUUAAGUCUUAAGUUGAAACUUCAAUAAAUAUUGGCCUUAUUUUU